CACAGUUUGACAUCGUUCAUGGAGAGCCUCUCCAUGGCUCCUGCGCCUGAGACAGCUGGCCUGACCUCCAAAUCAUUCAUCCACCCCUGCUGUCAUCUGUUUUCAUAGUGUGAGAUCAACCCACACGAAUAUCCAUGGCUUUUGUGCUCAUUUUGGUUCUCAGUUUCUACGAGCUGGUGUCAGGACAGUGGCAAGUGACUGGACCCGGCAAGUUUGUCCAGGCCUUGGUUGGGGAGGACGCGGUGCUCUCCUGCUCCCUCUUUCCUGAGACCAGUGCAGAGGCCAUGGAAGUGCGGUUCUUCAGGAAUCAGUUCCAUGCUGUGGUCCACCUCUACAGAGAUGGGGAAGACUGGGAAUCUAAGCAGAUGCCACAGUAUCGAGGGAGAACUGAGUUUGUGAAGGACUCCAUUGCAGGGGGGCAUGUCUCUCUAAGGCUAAAAAACAUCACUCCCUCGGACAUCGGCCUGUAUGGGUGCUGGUUCAGUUCCCAGAUUUACGAUGAGGAGGCCACCUGGGAGCUGCGGGUGGCAGCACUGGGCUCACUUCCUCUCAUUUCCAUCGUGGGAUAUGUUGACGGAGGUAUCCAGUUACUCUGCCUGUCCUCAGAGACGUUUUUCCAGCCCUCACCUUGGCGCCUGGCUUCUAUUUUACUCGGGUUACUCUGUGGUGCCCUGUGUGCUGUUGUCAUGGGGAUGAUCAUUGUUUUCUUCAAAUCCAAAGGGAAAAUCCAGGCGGAACUGGGUAGUAUGUGUCAUGUCCUGAGCCUCCCACACAUGGUUCUCCCGGGUCCCUCCCUGAUCCACAGUUUGAGCCUCUGGACGACCCUGGCUGCAGGCUGGACAGGAAGCACCGACUGGAGAAGAAAGCACGGACAGGCAGAAUUGAGAGACGCCAGGAAACACGCAGUGGAGGUGACUCUGGAUCCAGAGACGGCUCACCCGCAGCUCUGCGUUUCUGAUCUGAAAACUGUGACCCAUAGAAAAGCUCCCCAGGAGGUGCCUCACUCUGAGAAGAGAUUUACGAGGAAGAGUGUGGUGGCUUCUCAGGGUUUCCGAGCAGGGAAACAUUACUGGGAGGUGGACGUGGGACAAAAUGUAGGGUGGUAUGUGGGAGUGUGUCGGGAUGAUGUAGACAGGGGGAAGAACAGUGUGACUUUGUCUCCCAGCAAUGGGUAUUGGGUCCUCAGACUGACAACAGAACAUCUGUAUUUCACAUUCAAUCCCCAUUUAAUCAGCCUCCCCCCCAGCACCCCUCCUACACGAGUGGGGGUCUUCCUGGACUAUGAGGGUGGGACCAUCUCCUUCUUCAAUACAAAUGACCAGUCCCUUAUUUAUACCCUGCUGACAUGUCAGUUUGAAGGCUUGUUGAGACCCUAUAUCCAGCACGCGAUGUAUGACGAGGAAAGGGGGACUCCCAUAUUCAUAUGUCCAGUGUCCCGGGGAUCAGAGAGAGAAGACCCUGCUUAAAGGGCCCCACACCACAGACCCAGACACAGCCAAGGGAGAGUGCUCCCGACAGGUGGCCCCAGCUUCCUCUCCAGAGCCUGCGCACAGACAGUCACGCCCCCCACUCUCCUUUAGGGAGCUGAGGUUCUUCUGCCCUGAGCCCUGCAGCAGCGGCAGUCACAGCUUCCAGAUGAGGGGGGAUUGGCCUGACCCUGUGGGAGUCAGAAGCCAUGGCUGCCCUGAAGUGGGGACGGAAUAGACUCACAUUAGGUUUAGUUUGUGAAAACUCCAUGCAGCUAAGUGACCUUGAACAAGUCACAACCUCCCAGGCUCCUCAUUUGUUAGUUACGGAGAGUGAUUCCCGCCUCACAGGUAAGAUUAAAGAGACAAUGAAUGUGAAUCAUGCUUGCAGGUUUGAGGGCACAGUGUUUGCUAAUGAUGUGUUUUUAUAUUAUACAUUUUCCCACCAUAAACUCUGUUUGCUUAUUCCACAUUAAUUUACUUUUCUCUAUACCAAAUCACCCAUGGAAUAGUUAUUGAACACCUGCUUUGUGAGGCUCAAAGAAUAAAGAGGAGGGAGGAUUUUUCACUGAUUCUAUAAGCCCAGCAUUACCUGAUACCAAAACCAGGCAAAGAAAACAGAAGAAGAGGAAGGAAAACUACAGGUCCAUAUCCCUCAUUAACACAGACCAAAAAUUCUAAAUAAAAUUUUAGCAAAUUAAACUAAACAAUAUAUUUAAAGAUGAUA